CACGAUCGAACACGAUCGCGGGUCAGCGACGACUCCGAGAGGUUCGCGUAUAUGAGCAGGGUGUGUCGCUCUUUCUGUCCACCGUGCCUGCAAUCUCUCACUCACGUUACGACAUGCGCGGUUCACUCAUUGCCGCGUACGGAUCCUUCCUUCUCUCAUUGACUCGCUUUCCCGUAGCCUUCGCCUGGGAGACAUCAUGCGAGUCAUUUGCCCUUCAAGACAUUCUCGGAGUCAAUCUCAUCAACGCCAGGUACUACGAGGCCAACUCUACUGUCAAUAUCACGACGAAUAUGUCGAGUAUUGACGCAGCCAACCUGCCCGCAUUUUGCCGGGUUCAAUUGCUCGUCACUACAAACGCGACCGCAAAUUCUACGUGUUACACAGAAGUAUGGCUGCCUGACGAAUGGACUGGACGCUACCUGACGGUGGGCGACGGAGGUUUUGCUGGCGGAGUGAACGUUGGGGAGUUGGCGCUUCUCGCCGUCGCACAAGGCUUUGCCGGAGUAUCUACCGAUACCGGUCACGUCUCCACCGAAGGCAGCGGUUCUUGGGCCCUCAACGACGAUAACGCUAUCAUUGACUGGGGGUGGCGUGCUUUGCAUCUCAGCAUCGUCGCCGGCAAGGAAAUCGUGAAGCAAUACUAUGGGCAAGAUCUCAACAAGUCCUACUAUAUCGGAUGUUCAACAGUAUCCAUAUGCCUGACUCUUCAUAGCCUCAAGGAAGUGCAAUCAUUUCCCGACGAUUUUGACGGCGUCAUUGUUGGAUCACCGGCAAACCGGCAGACAUACCUUCAGGACUGGGGUGUUCGUAUGAGUCUGAAUGUCCUCCCCGUUGGCUCACCUCAGUUCAUCAAUGCUUCUACUUGGGAGGACGUCAUUCACCCGGAGGUUCUCAAACAGUGUGAUGCACUCGAUGGUCUGGCCGACGGCAUUAUCAACGACCCGAGAAUUUGCAACUUCCGGCCGGAAACUCUGACCUGUCGGCCAGGCCAGGACACUGCCACAUGCCUCACGCUGCCGCAGAUAGACGCACUCCAUAAGAUUUACUCGGAUUACUACGAGGCCAACCAGACGUAUAUAUUUGGACCAUACUAUCCAGGCGGAGAGGCGGCGUUCCCGGAUGGGCUUGUGGGCAAUGAGACUCUGUCGAUCGCACUAGACUGGUUCCGCAAUUUCGUGACCAAUGAUUCACAGUGGACGAUCGAUCAGUACAAUCCAUCGCUCAUUGCUCUUGCCGAGGAGAUCAAUCCCGGGCAAGCAAAUGCUGUCAGCCCCAACCUCACUGCAUUUGCUGGGUCGGGCAGGAAUGGCAAGCUGUUGCAAUAUGUCGGCUGGGCUGAUCAGUUAAUCAGUCCCAGCAACUCUAUUCACUACUACGAAAGUGUCCACGCGUUCAUGAUAUCCGAAACGGACAUGGAGACUGCCGAUUUCUACCGAUUGUACACCGUUCCGGGCAUGAAUCAUUGGUUGGCUUACCGGGCGCAGAACGGGUAUGGCGCUAAUGCGUUCGGAAGCGUUGAGCAAGCAUCGACCGGCCUCCCACCUCUGUCCUACGACCCAGAACACAACAUCCUUGCCGCGAUGGUUAGGUGGGUCGAGGACGACAUCGCACCGACGACCCUGAACGCCGUCUACUACAACGAUAACCAAGCCAGCAACGGCAUUGGUUUUGUGAGGCCGAUAUGUCAGUAUCCGCAGAUGCUCCGAUACAAUGGGGGAAAUCAGUCCUCCCCGGAUGGAUUCGACUGUAUGUGAUAGCAGCUGUGAUAUUGUGACCUUCUACCACCUUCAUCCCCCGCACCUCUGGACCCCUCUACGGACAAUGAAAUGCGUAAAUGUGUCUAAAAAUGAACCUGACCCGAUUUGAACGGAUGACCUUGAGGACGCAAUAACCUAUCAGAGCGCUGGAAUCUCACGCGCUAGCCACUG